CUACAGCUGCUCCCUUGUGUGUGUGUGUGUUUUGUGUGCUUCUCGUCGACGGUGGUCACCACAGCCGUCCAGAGUAGUUCUUUGAACGACACCCGCGUCACUAAAAGAUGGACGGUGGUGCCUCCUCGACGGACGCCUUUCGCAUGCCGGCGGAAGGGGAGGAGCUCACCACCCCCUUCUCGGAGUUCGUUGUUCGUUAUGGACACACGCCCAGGCUAGUGAGGAACACGGCAGCGAUAGCGGGGGUCGCUGCAGAGCUUCCCCCGCGAAUGGAGGAGCCGUACCGACUGGUAUAUUUCGUGGUGACGGAUCAGAUGCGGACAACUAUUGCCACUCUACGAGCUGUCCUGAAAGAGGGGCUCCAAGCUCCGUUGCGGACGCCGACGGCCUUCAUCAUCGAUGAGCUGCACACGCUGGAGGUUUUUCGGAAGCAGGGGCUCGCGACAAGCUUAACCAAUUUCGUUAAGGGCAUCGCCGAGGCCCACGGGGUAGAAUUAUUUGUCAGCUCUGAAUUGUACAUACGAAGCUUCUGGGAGCUCCGAGGGUUCGAGGAGGAAACCUCCCCGGAGGUGCUUCGAGCGUGCAACCUCGACCUCGACGACGGGUCCAACACCGGCGCCUCCACCACCCUGCUGCGGGCGGGCGCGGCGUACACGGAGUACCAGCCGGCGAACGAUGAGCGACUGAGCAUCACCCGGCCUUUCUACCACGGUGGAGACGGCUACCUAACGGCGGCGGGGGCGGCGGCGGCGGCGGCGGCGGCUGCCGCCCCUACCCUCGCUGGCUCAGCAGCCUUCAUGGGCCAGGGGCGCACAGGAAUGGAGUCGUCUGGAUACGGCGAAGGUAUCGGUGCUUCCGCUGCUGCUGGUGGUACCGUGUCUGGCGGUGCCUCUGCUGCCGCCGAUGUGGCCAGCAAUCACAACCGCGGUACGGGCGGGGAUGGUGGCGGCGACGCCGGCGGCGCCGACGGCGAGACCGUGCUUCCUCCCUCCUCACGCUUGCUGACCAACGAGCGCCUGGCGCAGCACAACGAGGAGGAGAAAGCCAAGGGCCUCGCGUUGCCGUGGGGCACGCUGGAGCAGUCGUCGAAGACAGCGGAGGCCUCGAUGCUCUCUGCCGCUGGCGACACAGCGGCGGCCAAGGCGGCGCUGGCCACCGCCGCCGCAACAGCGGCGGCGCAGGACCCGUCGGCUUCGGUACAACACACCGCGGCCGGCGGCGGGUGGCCGGGGGCGGGGCCGGGGGGAGCGGCGGAGCUAGCACCCUCUCCGCCGCCGCCGCCGAUCGGCUCGACGGCGGGACCGGCGGCGGCGGCGGCGCUGGCGGCAACGUCUUCGAGCGGCGUCGGCGCGACGGUGGCGGGAAUGCUGGGGUGGACCCCUUCCGACCGGCAGAUCGUUGCCGCGACGUGCGGGACCGCCUCUGGCGGCGGUGGUAUCGUCGACAGGAGGACGCUGGCGGCGAGGGGGCUCCUAGCUAUCCCGUCGUCCGGGAGCAGGGACGGCGUGGUCGACCUCACCUGCAGGAGCAGGAGCCUGGCGGAGCAGGACGAGGAGCAGAUGCAACUGGCCAUCGCGAUGUCGUUGUCGGCGGCAGCUGCUGAGGCUUCCUGCCGUGGCGGUGGCGACGCUGCUGCGGCGACGGCGAUAGAGAGGAGCGAUGACGCGAGGCAUGACGAAGCGGUGCGCGGCGGGGAAGGAGAGACCUCCGCGGGAGACGACACGGAGACGGAGGAAGACGCCGACUACGGUGGGCAGCUCUCGGGCGGGGACGCGGACGCUGCCGGGGGCGGCAUUGCUUCAACGGCGGCGGCGGCGGCGGCGGCCCCGACAAGCAGUAGUGCUAGGUCUCAGGUGAGGGCCGGAGUGGAACGCGGCGCCGGUGGCGGCGAUGGUUCGGGGUGCGGCGGCGGAGGCGGCGGGUGGGGCAGGCGGGCGGGGGGGGUAGUGGAAGACGGUCGCGGUCGCGACAACGACAACGAUGGCGUCUCACGACGGCUCCGGAGGCGGAGGGACGAGAGCGGGUCCAGCACGCCGGGAGAGCCGUCACCCUGCGGCGCUGACGGAGCGGCGUCGGUUGGGAUGGAGCUGGGCGGUGUGGGAGCGGGGCGUGACGGUAACGAGGGACGCAGAAGCAGUAGCCGCGAUGGCGGCGACGACGGCAACACCGCAUUGUUGACGGAGAAUGUGUGCAUCACUGCCGCGAGGGACGUUGGUAGCGGGCUCGGCGUGGCGUCGGAGAUAGCGGCUCCGCACGCGCCCCGCCCACUCGACGCGGCAGCGGCAGCGGCGCGAGAGGGAAGCAGCAACCGUCCCUCCUCUCUUCCUCCCUCCCGUCCGGCCUCUCCUUGCCCUUCCUCGGCUUCGUCGUGCUCCUUUACCCUGGGGCCCGUUCCGUCCCGAUCCCGCACUUGUACGUGGAACCAACAACAACCAACCACGGUCGGGGCGCCAGGGCACCGUGACCCCAACAGCGCGAUGACGGUGUCCAAGGAGAAUGAUCCCCACCACGACCGCCACCUCCACCAGGAUCAAGCUAGGAAGGCCGUGUAUCAGCCCCCGCCUAUGGGGCUCGGGGCACGAUGCCGACAGCAUCAGCACCAGGCUGCCUUUGCGGGGGACGGCGGCGGCAUGAUCGGCGCCUUGGGCGGGGUCGUCUACCCUACUACGACCGCUGGUGGUGGAAGUGGUGCCGACGUUCCGGGGUUUGGGGCGGGACGGUUUGGGAACGUCGGGGUCGGUGGGGGCGGUGGAGGCUUGACCAGCGAUGGCAUCGAGCCCAACGACGUGAUGAUGAGGGAUUUCGGUGUCGGGGCCGACGGACUGGAUGGAGUCGGCCGGUUGGAUGACAAGUUGAUCGCCGUGGCGGGGUGGGAGGGAGAUGACAACGACGAGGAGUUACGGCUAGUCAUGGAGGCCAGCAGGCAGUCCCACGAGGAGGAAAUGAUCCAGAGAGCCACGCGGGAGAGCCAACAGGCAGCAGCAGCGGCAGCAGCGGAGCACCUGCCACAACCCCCUUCCAACACGGCGCCGCCACCGCCGCGGUCGUCCUCGUUGCCGCCGCUUUUACGAAAAGGGGUCGCCGCUACAACCCCGAACGGCGGCGGGCCCGACGUUGCCGUGCUGCCGUCGUUCGGUUCCCUCGAAGCGCGGAAGAGCACCGGUGUUGGUGUUGGUGCCGGCGUUCACGGGCAUGGGAGCGACGCUGGCGGCGCCGUGUUGCCGAGCACGUGCGGGGGGGCGGCGGCUAGCUCCGGCGGCUUUCGGGCGGGGGCGGGCGGGGGCGCGGCCGACAGCGCAGCGGCGGCGGCGGCGGAGGCGGCGGCGGCGGUAGCGGGGGCCCAGGCUCCUGCGUGGUUGGGGGGGUGGGAGGACGGCGAAGCGGUGUCCUUCACGGGCAAGGGGAAGGGGAAAGGGCGUUGCAGAGACUGAUGACAUGGUUGGUCGAUUCUUGCUGCGGUCCAGUGGGUGCGGUCAUGAGAUGAUGUUGGUUUGUUUGUUCUUGGGUGAGAGUCUGCUGUCGUCGGAUGAGUUUUGUUGGCAGGCCGAUGGGCUCUGCCGUGGCUCUACCGGCUCGUUUUGUUUUUCUAGAAUUGACCGGUUCAUGCCGUAUGCGUUGUUUUUUUUCUAUGUGCGGUGUUUCUACUCUUGUUAGAAAUGAAAAUGAUCAGGGGUGUGUUUUUUUUCAUGUGCUUCGCGGGGUUUGGUGAAGUGCGUCUGCGUGUGCUUGUCGGAAGGGUUUACCUACCUGUUCGGAUAAUGAAAAGGGGGGUGUUUACGAUGGAGGGAGUGCGGUCCUCUUAUUCGAGCUUUGUGGAUCUUUUUUUUUUGUGCUCUCCGGGUGUGGGGAUUGAUGUUUUGCGGGGGCUACGCGGAGCGGCGUCUUCAAGCGCUACUGCGACCUAUUACCGGCUGUCUAUUUAUUCCAACAUUGUGUGUUCGCUGGCGGCAGACACGUCGUUUUUUGUUUGCAUGAAAAUUUUCUUUGUCUCGUCUGCUGCCGUAAGCAGAGUUCUCCCGCUCUCGGCUACUGGUGUGGGUGCGUACCGUUUGUGUUUCUGCACCAGUCACGACAGGCGUUGGUUUGCGUAUGUUUACGCUCGUUUCCGGCGCUUUCCCUGUCGUGGGCGAGCAGCGUGGUGUAGAGGCUUGUUUCACCGGAAGAAAGUUCUGCUGCUGAGUGAUGAAACGCUUGUCGUUGAGGGGAUCAGUACAACUGCGUCGGAGCAGCAGCAGCCUCAAGUGCUGGAUUUGCACAUGUCGAAACGGUGGCGGGUCUUUGCGACGGUUCAGGAAAAUCGUUGAUCUCGCCGCCUAUUUUUAGGCUCUUGUCCGGACUGGGGUGCCCCCCUCCCGUCUCCUUUUGCGCGACGGGCAGCGCAAGCUGUGCGGCUUCGUGUAUUGAGAUGACCAUAUUUCUCUACACACCGACCGUGUUGUGCGUGUACGGGUGGGUGGGUGGGUGGGUGGGUGGGUUCAGACCACGGCAUACAUGGCGUUGGGGAUGAAAUCAUGUUUUAUUUCGAUGAAUAGACUGCCGGCCGAUCACAUUUCAGUGCGGCACCUCGAGCGAGGAGAGGUGAGGGAAAAAAGUAGGCGGUUUGUGGCCUGCUCUAUGUACCGCCCAAUGGUGUCGAGUUUGCUUAGAAUAUUGCAUGUUCCUCGUGAUGAAAUGAAUGAUCUUUCACGAUGUUUCACGGGGGGCGUCGGUCUUGCAAUCCUUUCUGUUGGAGUACGGGAUAGUUCACCGGGGCACAACAUCCAGCGUAGGUUAUAGACUAAACGGAUCGAGGCUCGACGUUGGAGAACGCAUAUGUAGCUCCAGUGGUGACAGAAUACCGAUCGCUUUUUGACCGCUGCGCAUGCUGAGACAAGAGAACGCCUUUGUGGGUUGUACUUGAUGAAUUUUGAUAACAACUGGAUGUGUGCAUAUGUGCAAAAAUUAAAUAUUGGUUGCUGCAUUGACGGUUGUUAUAGAGCAGAGCUAUCAUAGCUGUGGUAGUGGUGUGGGGGUGGCGUCCAAGGGUGUUGGUAGUGAGGUAAGGGCGAACGGGCGGGGAUUGAAUUGUUUUCGAAUGUUGCACCAGCGAGCUCGUCUCGCUUUGUGUUGCCGAAACGGACUGCCUCCGCAAUCUUUGAGUACUCGCGGGUGCGCGGUUGGCGUUACAGUCUCUGGCUUGGCUGUAGUGGACUGCAACGCGUGUGCUGGGGAGGGGGCGUGCCCUGUGUUGGGCAGCUUGGAUACUUCGAGGUUUUGGUGUAUUUUUCGUUAACUCUAAAGAAGGGUGACGAGCGUGUGGAAGUACCACAACGAGUUGUCGAAAACCUGUCACAGUUAUUCGGUAGGUUUCAUGGGUGGCAUCACAGGUGGCAUCCUAUGGAUGGGCAUGGUUGCGCUUGGAUGACAACGUGCGUGUUUGUUGUGCUUUGACGUCGCUCACAUGUCUUUAAGUUGAACACGCGCGGGUCCGUUGUGGACUAGUGCUGUCCGCCGUGAUUGGAUUCGUCUCUCCCCAUUGGCUCAUGUUUUUUGCCUCAAAUAUUCCUUGUGCUUCAGAUGCGACUUGAGCGGAGCAGGUGCUAAGGUACCGCUCUAGCUCUCGUAUCGCAUUACAAAGCACCAUCCACUACCUCCCAUAUAUUCGUUCGUUCUAGGAAGGAAGAAUAGCAGGCCGGUGUUGCACAUGAUGCAUUUGAACUUCAAAGAGACCGAGAGAGAGA